AUGAUGAAGAACUCUCUUAACACUGGGCUACAUCCGCCAUUAUACAGCAACUAUAACAACUAUACUGAUGAUGGCAAUUCUUCCAUCGCAAGUUCUGGCAAAUAUAGUCAUCUUCAAGGAAAGGAGCCACACAAUCAAGUUAACUAUAUCACGUUUAAUCAAGAUAACACGUUUGUGGCCGUUGGCCUAAACACCGGCUAUAAAGUAUUCAAUUGUGUACCUUCUGUGGAAAAAUGCUACCAGGAUGUGAAAAAUGAACCGAUUGGUCUUGUUGAAAUGUUGUAUAAUACAAGCUUAGUGGCAUUGGUGGGCUUAGGUGAAGACUUGGGGUCAUCUCCACGAAAGUUAAAGAUUAUAAAUUCCAAAAAGAACUCAACUAUAUGUGACUUGGUUUUUCCUUCUACGAUAUUAGGUAUAAAAUUAAGCAAACAAAGAUUAGUGGUGUUGUUGGAAACUCAAAUCUACAUUUAUGAUAUCUCCACAAUGAAAUUGUUGCACACAAUAGAGACCAGCCCAAAUCCAAAUGGCCUUUUUGCAUUUGCCAAUACUGAUAUGACUAAUAGCCCGAAUACCUUUCUAGCGUACCCUUCCCCUCCAAAGACCAUUAUUCAUGAUACUUUAUUGGUAAAUGGAAUCAAUACAAACGGAGGAAACAAUUCUGUGCAAAAUAAUAUUCAGUCCGUUUCAAACUCUCCUAAUCGAGUAGGAGAUGUGAUAAUAUUCAAUACGAUAACUUUGCAGCCCCUUUCGGUAAUUGAGGCACAUAAGUCCAAUUUGGCAGCUCUAACAUUAUCUAAUGAUGGAACAUUACUUGCUACUGCUUCCGACAAAGGAACGAUCAUACGAGUUUUCAACGUUCUAACAGGGGUGAAGAUGUUUCAGUUUAGAAGAGGAACCUAUUCUACAAAGAUCUUCUCUUUGAAAUUCAGUAAUGAUAAUGUAUUUAUUGUGGUUACAACUUCAAGUGGUACUGUUCAUAUAUUCAGAUUAGGUGAAGAAGAAUCGUUGGAAGCCAAACAUAAGAAUAAAAGAAAGAAAAAAACUCCCUUGAUAAAUGAGCCUACCAUUGAGGAAGAAAACGAGGAAGAAGAUGCUGAAAGCAAAAGGGCCACCAAGAUGAUAAACUCAAAAACUAAUGAUACUAAUGAUGAUGAAAUAGAUGUGGAUGAUAACGAACCAGAUGACGAUGAAAUCAGAGAUGAUGGAGACGAUAGUGAUGCUGAAGAUGGAAUAGACGAGGUUGAUGAGGAUGCUGAACAAGCACUUGGUUUGGAUAUCCCCAAACAAAGAAAAUUAUCUGAAAGUUCUACUGGAUCCUUCACUAGCAUAUACAGUGGAUUAUCCAAUGAGGAUAUUCCUUCGUUGAACAAUGGAGGUGGUGGUAAGUCUGAACCAAUAGUAGAUCAAACCCGUUUAUCAAUGGCUCGAAUUAUCAGAAGAUCGUCUCAAACUUUGGGUAGAAAAGCUGCUCAAAAAAUGGGUGAUUUCCUACCUUCAAGGUUCUCGUCUAUUCUUGAGCCCACCCGGCAUUUUGCAUCCAUUAAGAUCAAUAGCAUUGGUAAAGACGUAAAGGCAAUUGCUGCAAUGAAUAAUGAGUUACAAGAGGACUUGGUGCCUCAGCAGUAUUUAACAAAAAACUCAGAAAAUAAGGACAUAGAAAUUGAAAUUGACAAGUCCAAAGACUUACUCAACAUGAAGUUGUUACAUAUUAAUGUGGUAACCUCUGAAGGCAUUUCUUAUACUUAUGGUUUGGAUCCUGAAAGAGGGGGUGACUGUAUAUUAUUACACCAGUAUUCUUUAUUAGAUUGA